AUGUCUAGACCAGCCUGGCGAACCCGAGUACUGUUGAGUUUAAUUCCAUUUCGAGUGGAAGUGUUGGGUGAAGAGAUUCGAAGGUCCGUUCCACCAGAAGACGACGGCCGAUUCCUCUUGACCAGCUGUCGAUUGGCCUACUGGAACAUUCAUGCUGACGCUGUUUCCGAGAGAAUCUUCUUCGAUUCCGGUGAAAAGGGGCUAAGCUUUCGUCCUUCAUACGACGGACAUCAUCCGAGCGAGGUAACAACCAACUUCAAGCUAACGAGGGUGUUUUCUUGUCAAGACACGUCUUCACACCAAAUCGCCUCCUCUUCGUGCGCCCAGUCCGUCUCAUCGGUGUGCACUGAUGCUCGAAAUGAGCUCUACCGUCGGUUAUUCGACCAGCUAUUGUUGGCCCGGCCGAGCCGAAGUAGCAUAACGCUUGUGAACGUAAUGUGGGUUGGGCAAAGACACAGCCGAUGUGGGCAGAAUUGGCUUCAUUUUCGUUCUACACACGUCACUAUGUGUCCCCUACUCGGCCAACAGUCCUACAACACUGGCCCCAGAAGCCGUCCACCAGGCGCCAACGGGGGAGUCUGUCUUCGGGGGUGUAUGUGCCAGUUGGGUCUGUCCAACAAGCCCCAUUGCUAG